AAAAAAAAAAAAAAAAAAACAGACAGACAGACAGACAGACAGACAGACAGGCAGGCAGGCAGGCAGGCAGGCAGGCAGGCAGAGCUCCGCCAUGCCAUGCGAUGCGCGCGACACACACGACCCACCACCCAAGGCCCAAAGGUAUGUGGCCCGCUCGACACAGACAACUCGACGAACCCUGAACCAGAACCAGAGAGCAAGCAAGCCAAGCAAGCCAAGGCAAGCAAGCAAGCAAGCAGCAAAAGCAACGAACGAAACCACCGCCAUCAUCGCUAUCAAGAUCCACCCAUCCAUCCAUCCACUCGAUCCGUCCGAGUGCAGGGUGUAUGUACUGUACUGUAGCAGUGUAGGUACAUAAGUGGAAGAAAGACAAAAAAAAAAAGAAAAAACGGCCUUAGCCCGCAUCGCGCCGCUCCAGAGCGAUCGCGACAAAAAAAUCGGCGUGUGGGGCUGCAUAUAUGCAUGAAUGCAUACCAUACAUACAGUCCACCACUCAAGCAUUAAAAAGCAUAAGGUAAAGAAAAAGAAAAAGUCAAGGAAAAAAGCAAUCAGUCACCUUUCCUCGAACCCCCAAAUAAACACAACAACAACACAACACGAAAUAACGACCAAGAAGAAGU